AUGUCUCCCGGCUCGACCAGCGAAGAACAGCACCAUGCGCACGUCACUAUCGCCGCCGAUGCCGACGCUCACGAACCCGCCGCCUCCGAAGGCAACGGCAGCGGCAGCGGCAGCGGCAGCGGCAGCCUGAAGAAUGCCAACGGCUGGGAUGGCAAGCUGCGCAUUCCAAAGUCGGCCAUUCUAAUUAACCCCGAAGCCGUGUCGGACCCGGAGUAUUCGGAUGACGAAAAUGUACUGCCCGGCGAGGAGAUUGCUGCCGAUGAAGAUUUACUGGCCAACGAGGACCCCGACACGGAGCAAAUCAACGUGACCCAUUCGCGCAUCGGGUCAAUGGAGCGCCUGCGCCUCGACCGCUUCCAAAAAGUGGUGCAAAUCUGCCUCCGGCAAAACAACAUCCAGCACAUUGAGGGCCUCGACGAGCUCGGCGGCACGCUCGAAGACCUCGAUCUCUACGACAACCUGAUCUCACACAUUCGCGGCCUCGACCGGCUGACCAAGCUGACCAACCUCGAUCUAAGCUUCAACAAGAUCAAGCACAUCAAGCACGUCAACCACCUCAAGGAACUCCGAACGCUCUACUUUGUCGCCAACAAGAUCAAGGAGAUUGAGAAUCUCGACGGCCUCGACAAGGUCACGUCACUCGAGCUCGGCUCCAACCGCAUCCGCGAGAUCAAGAACCUCGACACCCUCACGGGCAUCGAGGAGCUGUGGCUUGCCAAGAACAAAAUCACCGAGCUCCGCAACCUCGGCGGCCUGCCACGCCUGCGACUCCUCAGCAUCCAGUCCAACCGCAUCCAGGACCUGAGCCCGCUGCGCGAGGUGCCCCAGCUGCAGGAGCUCUACAUCUCGCACAACAUGCUCACCUCGCUCCAGGGGCUCGAGGCCAACGUUAACCUGACCACAAUCGACAUCUCGCAUAACAAGAUCGACAGCCUCAAGGGCCUCGGCCCCCUCACCAAGCUCGAAGAGGUCUGGGCUAGCUACAACCUCAUCAUGGACUUUGCCGACGUUGAGCGGGAGCUCGCCGACAAGGAGGCCCUGACGACGGUGUACUUUGAGGGCAACCCGCUGCAGCUCCGCGCCCCGGCGCUGUACAGGAACAAGGUCCGUUUGGCCCUGCCGCAGCUUAAGCAGAUUGAUGCGACGUACCUCAGAGCAUAA